GUACAAUGUGAAAGUGAAUUGAGGCUGAUCUCUUGCUGGCUUGUUAGACUAUCUUUUUUCACUGCUUUUCCGCUGCUCUGAUACGGGGUGACGUUGGACAACAAAGAUGGCAGGAGGAAAUAGCAAUUAUUGGGAAGACCUGCGGAAGCAGGCCCGACAGCUGGAGAAUGAGUUGGACCUGAAGCUCGUCUCCUUCAGCAAGCUCUGCACGAGCUACAGCAGCUCCAGGGAUGGUCGCCAUGGAGACAGCUCUGACACCACGCCCCUCCUGAACAACUCCACCCAGGACAGGAUGUUUGAGACCAUGGCAGUGGAGAUAGAGCAGCUCCUGACAAAGCUCACGGGAGUGAACGACAAGAUGGCGGAGUACUCCAGCACGCCGGGUGUGGCAUCACUCAACGCAGCGCUGAUGCACACCCUGCAGAGACACAGAGACAUCCUGCAGGUCAGAGCGCCCUCUCCUGGCCUCCUCCAGUACUGCAGCCAACCCUGCUCUGACAUCUUCCCCAUUCCGCUGUCCUCCUCGUACACCUACACCUGUGUUCAUGUGUUCAUGAAGGUGUUCAUGAAGGUGUUCAUGAAGGUGUUCAUGAAGGUGUUCAUGAAGGUGUUCAUGAAGGUGUUCAUGAAGAAUAAUCCGGGUGCUUCACUCCCCUGCGGGGGGGCGGUGAGGCUUGUAAAUAUUAAUGUUCUACCGUUUCCUUUUCUCUGCAGUUCUGAUCGUCUGAUUGAGGAUACAAUCAGCAUCGCCAUGGCGACGAAGGAGAACAUGACGUCCCAGCGCGGGUUGCUGAAGUCCAUACAGAGCCGGGUAAACACCCUGGCCAACCGUUUCCCAGCCAUCAAUAACCUCAUCCAGCGAAUCAACCUGCGGAAGAGGCGGGACUCUCUCAUCCUGGGCGGAGUCAUUGGCAUCUGCACCAUCCUCCUCCUCCUCUACGCUUUUCACUGAUGGUGGGCGUGGCCCACGCCGGCCAAUCAGCCGGGAGGAGACUGGAACGGGGGCGGCGCGGCGUGACUUUCGGAGAAUGUGGGCGGGGCCUAUGGAAGGGCAGAAGAUGGCGGUUGGA